UGGACUUCCUCCAGGGAUAAACCCAGUUGCCGCCAAUUAUGCCGCCCAAACCCCCCAGGAAAAGCUACACGAUGCCCUCCAUCACCAGCUCCUAUGAAGUCAUCCAGCCUACCUAUGAAGACCCAGAUGCAACAACGCCUCCCGUCACAGAUGGAAGCCAGUCAGAGGUUGAAGUCAAGCCUGUACCUCGUCCCAGGAGUAAGCUAAAGCCGAAGGCCGACUGUAACAGCAGCAACAACAGCACAGUUGACUCUAUCCACAAAACCAGCAAUACAACCAACACAGAGCAGGUUUCCCAGUACAGUGCAGACUGUGGGAAGCCUCGCUCUGUUUGUCCUCCUCCCAGACCACCACCACCGAGCAAAAAAGCUACCUCCAGUCAACCCAAAGCAGAAAUCGCCACAGGCAGUUGCUAUGUGAACACUGUGACAGCUUUGAAGUCUGCAGCUGUCAGCUCUGAGAGCGCGCCGUUUCCUCCUUCACUGCCACCCAAACGCCCCCCUCCUCCUGCCGUGCUCUAUGACAGGCCAAAAUCUACAAUGAGUCCAGAACCUGAGAUGUACAUUGAUGAGAUUCGGCGAUCCAGAUGUUCAUCCUCCAGCUCUAUGCAACACUCUACCGACUCCUCCGCUCUCUCUGACGAACUGGUGGGCCUCUGUGGGACUUAUAGUUCAACGGUCACGGACGGCACAGGCAGACCUGUAGUUCCGCCUCGACUCCCCCGCUCCUACUCAACGUGUGAAACCUUGCCUCUACAGACAAGACCAAAAGUACCUUCAUUCAGUCCACCACCACCACCUUCACCGGAGGCGCCAUCGGAGUCAGUGUACUGGGAGAUAGAGAGUCGUCCCUACCUGGACAUUCUGCCAGAGGACAAUAAAGAAGUGAUUGGACAAGUUGGGUCAUCACCCUUCCAGAGUGACCGCUGCACUUCUAAUCAACAGACCGCAUCGGACACAGAGGACAUCAAUACGAUGCUGAGAUGGCUGAAGAGAGUGUGCAAGUCUGAUGGCAUGGCUCCAUCACUGUAUGGCCUCAGUUUAGAGGAAGAAAUCAGAACAUUUAAUCAGAGAGCCCUGAAUUUGAAAAAGGCCCUGCGUCUGUACAACCUCCUCAUGAUGAAACGCUGUGAAAGGCUGCGGGACCUCAUCGCAGAGUUCAGCUCCAUCUCCCGCAGCCUGGACAAGAUGCAGAAGAAGACCAAAACCAUGGGCAUUGCUGGAGGCACCACAGGUGCCGUGGGUGGAGUAACUGCUGUGUUGGGUAUCGCCUUGGCUCCUGUGACCAUGGGUACCUCAUUGAUCGCCACAGCUGUUGGUGCAGGUAUGGUGGCGUCUGCUGGGGGUAUGGGCGCCCACACUGCUAAGGCCAACAAGAAGAUUGUGGGAAGGAUGGCAGUGGAGAAACUGGUGUACGAAUACAAGGACAAAAUCGUCGACCUUGGACAUUGUCUGGAUUUUAUCCUCUCUGAGAUGAACGAGCUGCGAAGGCAUGACAUUCCCAGGUUACAGAGGGCAGGGGCUCAGACUGAUGCACUAAAGAUGGCACAUCUGUCACAGUUUGUGAUUAAGAAUAACAUGAACAAUGCUGGGAAGGCUUUUGCUGGGAUGUCGUCCGAGAGACUGCUACAAGCUUUUGCUAAGGAAAUGGAUCUGUAUUUCUCAGAAAAGGAUUGUGAGAAGCUGAAGAAGUCAAGAGAGAGCAAGUUUUCCGGGAGGGUUCGCCUGCUGGCUGAAAAUCUGCAGGACGAACUGGAUCAAAUGAAUCGUAUGUGGGAGAUGUUUAACUGAGCCAAAGAACUUGUUGAUGGCUUGUGUGUGUGUGUGUAUGUGUGUCUGUGUGUGAAAGAGUGUGUGCUUGAGAUAUAUGUAUUUUUCAAAAGAGCAGUAUGUAAGAAUUUGCCACUUUCUGAAUUCAUACAAAUACUGCACAGCAUAACACUGGAGUAGUCACUACCUCCUGCUAACUCUAUCCAUCGUUAGCUACUUAGCUCAGUUAGCCUUGCAACUAGCAGUUCAGACUGCAAGCUUGGAGUGAUAUCAUGAAAAAGGCUAGGCUAGCCGGUUAGCAUGCUUUAACUUCAGUAUAUAUCUCUUCAACACGAUACAUCGAUGAGUUUGAUAUAAUGUCUAAACUAUUUUUUCUUCACAUUUUGUUGAUCAUUUUAGCUAAUUUUUGACUGUGGUAAUUUAUAUUUCACACAUAUUGCAACUUUGACUGUGAUAAACAGUGCAACUUGUAUUUAAAUGUCUUAUUUAGCAUUUUAUUUCAAUAAACAUUUUAUAUUU